CGUUACUCAAAGGAUUUUAAGUUUCAAUUUCAACCAUGAGAGGAUUCUUUGCUUUUUCAAGGUUAGAAAUGUUUCUGGUUCAAAAUGCUAUUAAUUAAUGGCUACGUAGUGGAUCUGUUUAGGGAAUUGGUACCGACUCCGGAUUAACAGUGGAACUGCUAAGUGAGAAAACUUCUUUUGAUGCACACUUGGGGAUAUUUUAAAUUCGGUCUGACAGCGGUGGACAGAAAUGAAAUGUAAUUCCAGCCCGCUUAACAAUCGUAAUUAUGAAUCGAAAGACAUAUCAGGUAUUAGCAAUUUUUUUUUCGCUUAAAAAAAAAGUUUCUCGGACUCCGCCGGACACCCAGCUGGCGGACGACCAGCGGGCGCGGCGGGGGGGGCGGGGUGGGGGUGGGGGGGCGCGCGAAGCCGGCAGGCUGCCCAGAAGUUACGAUCGGGGAGUUUUCUCUUUAUUAAAAUUACCUGGCUCACCAGCAGAGGCAAGAAAGCGAAGACAAGAUAAUUUCUUAGGCUGUUAAAAAUGACUUAGCCCGGUGGGCCCCGCGUUCCGAGGGGGUGUCCUGCGGGCCGGGGCGGGUCCCGCCGCCCCCGCGGGCUCCGGUGCGUCAGGGGCGCGUCAGGCGGGGCGGGCUCCGCGCGGGCGGCGGCGGCGGCGGCGCCGGGCGGCGGGCGGCGCGCACCGGGCCUCCUGCUUCUCGCUCCGAGGCUGCGGGACGGACGCUCCCGAGAACUCUCUCGCCCGCGGCCGGCCGCGCUCGGACGGCGCUCGCCGGCGGCCCGGCGGUGCCAGCAUGUCCGCCGCCGUGGCGUGCCUGGACUACUUCGCCGCUGAGUGCUUGGUGUCCAUGUCCGCGGGCGCCGUGGUUCACCGCCGCGCGCCGGACCCCGAGGGCGCGGGCGGAGCCGCCGGCUCGGAGGUGGGUGCGGCGCCGCCGGAGUCUGCUCUGCCGGGUCCGGGGCCACCGGGACCCGCGUCGGUCCCCCCGCUCCCCCAGGUCCCCGCCCCCAGCCCCGGCGCGGGCGGCGCCGCGCCCCACCUGCUGGCUGCAAGCGUCUUGGCUGACUUGCGCGGCGGCUCUGGGGAGGGCUUCGGGGAGAACUCGGGGGAAGCUCUGCGCGCCUCGUCCGGUUCCUCCGGCCCGACCCGGUGCUCCAGCCCGACCCUGGGCUCAGAGCCGACCCCGGCCUCCAGCGCGGCGGAGAUCUCCGGACCCGCGCACUCCUCCGGCGCGCUCGCGGUCCCCGGAGCGCCUGCCGUCCCCGGAGCGCCUGCCGUCCCCGGGGUGGUCCCCGGCGAGGCCCCUGGGGCCUGCCCCGCCCCCACCACAGGUCCAGUGCCCCGUCGGAGGCCGGUGACACCUGCUGCCAAGCGCCAUCGCUGCCCCUUUCCGGGCUGCAACAAAGCCUAUUACAAGUCGUCACAUCUGAAGUCCCACCAGCGCACCCACACGGGUGAGCGCCCUUUCUCCUGCGACUGGCUCGACUGCGACAAGAAGUUCACGCGCUCCGACGAGCUGGCCCGCCACUACAGGACGCACACGGGCGAGAAGCGCUUCUCCUGCCCCCUCUGCCCCAAGCAGUUCUCCCGGAGCGACCAUCUGACCAAGCACGCUCGCCGCCACCCAGCCUAUCAUCCCGACAUGAUCGAGUACCGCGGGCGCCGUCGCACUCCCCGCGUCGACUCGCAACCCACCGGCAUGGUGGACAGCUCCAGCUCCGUCCCCGGCCAGGCGCCCAGCCUCACCACCUGCCUGUCUGACAGUCAUUGCUGUUAAUCGUCCCAGCAAGGACGAGCCCCCAGGCCGUUGUCCCUGCCUUUUCUUUGCCCAUCCCUCUUUUCCCAGAGUCAUUAGACCAAGGCACAAGACUGGUUCCUCCGCUUCGAGGGUCGGUCCAGGCAGGCACGUUGGACCCUGGGGAGGGACUGGGGGCCCGAAAAUAGCAGGAAUUCUUACAACACGUGUAUCAACCUAAAGAGGAGGGUUGCCUCAAGACAGCCCCCUGGAACUGGUGAGAAGGGAUGAACCCCGGUACUCUCCAGAGUCCUGAAGAUUCUCCCUUCCCUGGAACCAGAGAUGUGAAACUGGAAUUCUCAGGUGCCUGAGGAGCUCCCAGUCUCAAAGGACUCUGUGUCUUACCCACCCACCAGGGCGGACCUUGGCGAGGGUAUCAGGGGUGGCAGUCUUGGAAAUGUCCACGACUGGGAUGGUGAGAGGCCUUUGGAAACAGAAAUGAUUUCUAUUUCUGUAAAUAGCAAUGUUUACUAAUUUAUUUUUAGUAUCUUUUAAACAGGGAUCCCAGGUUGAUGGGAGGUUGAUGUCCUCCACUCCCCAAUUGCCCCAGCUACCUCUGCUAGGAGAGGCCAUGUAAGAGUCCAUGUGAAUGUAUGGCUGGGAGAUACUUCUUGGUGUCUGGGGAACGGUGUGAGUCUGUUUGCAGGUCCUGUUGCAUGGUUUGGAACCCUGCCCUUGCAUCCCUCCGUCCCUCCGUCCCUCCGUCGCCUUUUUCCCAUUUGGAUUCCUACUUGGGGAGGGGAACUUCCUGGCUCACUCUCACAGUGAGAUUGGUUUUUAAAAAUUUGGAAACAACCAUAAAAACACCAGAAAUAGAAGAGUGGUCUGGGCCAGUUCUCCUUUCACCCUCUGGUGACUUUGGGUGAGAUAGGUCCAAAACAAGACCUUUCAGGAUCAUUGUUAACAUUCAGGGAAAUAGGGGCAUGUGGUUCCAGCUGCCCAGUCCAAGUAAUCUCAGGUGUGGUAGAUUCUGUUCAUUUCUUAGUGGCCAAUGAGGGGCUUAUUUCCCUUGGGAACUGUGCAUUUUUGUUUUUGCAGCAAAUGAGUUAAUCGCUUGGGGAGGGGAAGAUGAGAGUGGCUUUCUCCAAAGAUCUGGUUGCCCUGGAUUUGGGGAAGGAAUAGCAAGGUGAAAAUUUUUAUCAAAUAAGAGGACCCUUCUCCCUUUGCCUUGAAGUCCCUCCAAGUUACACCCUCAGGACCCCUCUGCCCCUAAUGCAGGAAUCAAGCAUCAGCAGUAUUUAUUUUUCUAUGUGUAUCUCUGCUGCUAUGAAUGAAGUUGUCGGCCACUCUGCUUAUGUGUGUGUGAAUGUGUAUACAUGUGACCCUUUUAUGAGAGGUGGGGCUGAAAGGAAUUUCCUGCUCCUGGUAAGGUCCCUGUGGCCCCCUCCUGAAUGUCUUGUAAUAGUCCAUCCAUCCCAUUUGUGGAAGGUGCCAUAAUCUCAAAGGACUGCAACAGGCAUCUCGGUAAACAAACUGCUUCCCCCUGUUUUGCAGAUGAAGACACCGAAGCCUAGAUAAGUUUAAAGUCUCAUGCUGAGUUGCUGGCAAAAGCCAGGACUAGAACUUAGAUAUCUGGCUUUCUAAGUGACUCUUUCCCUCAGGCUUAGUUACCUCACCUCCUCUCUCUCUCUGGGCCCUUAGUCAAAGGACACCACUCUCCCUUCCUGCCACCAGUAUCCCCUCCCUCCCUAAUCCCUAUCACUUCUAAGUUCCUUAGAAUGUCCAGUUCCUGCUGAACACUUGGCCUGUUGUGUUUAACCCCAAAACCGUUUUCCUAGCAGGUUGAGUCCAUUCCCCCCUUCCACACCAUGUGGACCUACAAUGGGAAUGACUGUUUGACAUUUGGGAAGAGACUUUAUCUUUUGACCUGGUAGAUUAAUUUUCAGUGCCAAUUUUAUUCUUCCUCUGGUCCUGGGCAUUCUGUUUUCCUUGAGAGAGUGAGUGAUACAACUUGACAUUGGGCCUCGGUGCUCCUGCACUAAGUGAGGGAAAGAUCCUUAAGAAGGACCCAAAGGGUAUGCCCUAUGACUUUGAAGAGGUCAACGUUUCCUGAUGCAGACUAAGCAGACUGGGUGGGGCUCUUUUGGAGUUACAUAUGGGAAGAGGAGGUUCCCAAUUGUGGAGGUGGGCUUUGAUGGUGAGAAGGGUCCUCCCUUUGCUCUGUUUGUCUCCUCAGCUGGGACUGGAUGGGAAGGGCGCUCUGGGCCCCCUUGAGGAUUGCCAUUUCCCCUUUGUCUCCUUCAAUAGAAGAUCUGCCAUUGAGUAGAUGAACAACGAAGCUAACAGGAGAGAGACUCCCACUGACUGUUCUGGAAUUGGGCUCAAGAAUGCUUGGCUUUUCCAACCACCCUUUGAUAAAUAACUUUUGAUUCUCAAGCUUCUAAGCAGUGUCCUUAUUUGGGUUCUUCGACCUGGGGGACUUUUGUCUGGGGAUGGUCUCUGACAAUCUAAGUGUGG